AUGUUUCAUUGUUCUCAACCAAGACUGGUUAAGUUGAUAAUGUCUACAAUUGGACAAGGUGUCCUGCAAUGGGACGCAGACGGCACGGUCCUGUCGAAGGAGCAAAAGCAGUUCUACGAAAAGAAUGGCUAUCUACUCAUAAGGAACUGCGUGCCUGUCUAUGAGCUCGAACGUUAUAAGCAAAGAUUUAAGGACAUCUGUCAAAAGAAAGACGUGCCGGCAAACAUGACGGUGAUGAGGGACGUCGCUAUCGCCAAGUCGGAAUUCGUUUCUGGGGAAAAGGCAAUCACCAAAGUGCAAGAUUUUCAAGACGAUCCAGUUCUGUUUGAUUACUGCCAGUACAAAGGGGUUGUCGACGUCGUUAAAGAUUUGAUUGGUUCAAAAAAUUCGAAUCUUCUUGCGAUGCACACCAUGCUUAUUAACAAACCGCCGGAUAGUGGUAAUUAUUUUUUAUAA